UAUUCAUGAGCCAGGUGUUUGACGUACACGUUCGUAAAUUCGCUGGCGGGAGGAAAACGAGGCAGUACGUACUAGCUAGAGUGUGAUUUGUUUACUACAUUCAGGAUAGUUAUGUCUCGAAUACUCAACUGUAUUGUAGCUGUGUGUCCAGACAUGGGAAUAGGGAAAAAUGGAAAUCUGCCAUGGCAUCCAAUAAGACUAAGUAAUGAAUUCAAACACUUUCAGAAGAUGACCACGACCUCCUCAGUUGAGGGUAAAAAGAAUGUGGUUUUGAUGGGCAGAAAGACAUGGUUCUCUAUUCCUGCAGCAAACAGACCCCUGAAAAACAGGAUCAACAUUGUUCUCAGCAGAGAGCUCAAGACAGCCCCAGAGGGAGCUCACCACCUUGCUUCAGACUUCAGUUCAGCUCUCCAUCUGUUAGACAGCAGUGAGCUUGAAAAACAAGUGGACCAGGUUUGGAUAAUUGGAGGAAGCGCUCUCUACAAGGAGGUGAUGGACAGUUCUGGUCCCAGGCGUCUUUUUGUGACACGGGUUCUCAAACAGUUUGACUGUGACACAUUUAUCCCUGACAUUAAUAUGGACAAGUACAAGCUCCUGCCCGAUUUCCCAGGUGUACCAACGGGCUUACAGGAGGAGAAUGGUGUUCAGUAUGUGUAUGAAGUGUAUGAGAGCACCAAAGACUAAGAAGAUCCUUUAAGCAUGAUGUUAAAGUCGUAAACGUGGUCUUACAUGUUGCGUGGUCCAGUUUUUUAAAUCAGACUUCUGUAAUUGCCUGACACCAUCCCCCUUUUUUUCCUUCUUAUUUAUGUUUGUCAUAUUUCCUGUCAACUCUUCUUAGUAAUAAAAAUGAAAUGCCCAAAAAUAUGUUGUGAUUCUAAGACAGAAAAUGUAUAAAUAUGAUUUUAUUCCAUGAUGUUAUGGUAAAAUGUUGUGUGUGGAUUUCUACAACUUUAUAUACAAAAUAGAAAGUAGACAGAAAAUCAUCAGAAGGCAGAGAGUGAGUAAAAUGGGGUCAAAUGGACAGGGUCCAAUCUCACAUGAGCUCAACAGCUCAUCUUGUUGCAUGGGUCCUCCUAACCACUAGGUCUACUCUCUGGUGAUUUGCUGCCUUUUCUCAAAUAUGCAAAAACUCUUUGUUUUUCCACUGGCACUGCCAUAUAUAUAUUUUUAAUUAGUUUCAGAUUUAAUUCCUGGAUUAUCAUUUUAAAUAUUCAGAAAACAGUAUACCUAAUUUUUAUAAUAAAUGUUCUUUUCCACA